AUCGUUUCUUCCUCCGUAACUCUUCUCCUUAUAUGUAAUCAAGAUUGGGGCUUUUCUCUGUUUCCUUUUUCAUGUUUUCUUGCGGUAGAUGACAAAGUGUCCGAUAGGUCUGCUCUGACCACAAACAGUUGGGGGGUUAGGUUGGUGAAAAACCCCCUUUGGUUUUUUGGGAUUGAUGGCUGGUCCAAGCGAAGACUACCGGAGCUCCCUUGGAAAUGACGACAUAAAAGAUCAAGAAGAUGCCCAUGAAAGCAGCAAUACUGUAGACAAAAGCCAGGACACUGAGGGUGAUUCCAUGGCUCAUCUGGCCAGCAAUUCCAUCCACAGGUCUAGUUCAAGGCCGCAGCUUGACCUCAGCAAAGCAGCAAUUCAAGGGAAUUUUGAGGAGAGAGAUCCCACAAUUCUUUUGCCUAAUCAGUCCGAUGAUAUCUCUCACUUGGCUCUUGACAUUGGAGGUUCUCUCAUCAAAUUGGUGUACUUUUCAAGACACGAGGACCAAUCCACUGUCAAUAAGAGGAAGAAAACUGUGAAGCAGAGACUAGGGAUAUCCAAUGGCAACAGGAGAAGCUACCCUAUUUUAGGUGGAAGGCUCCAUUUUGUUAAAUUUGAGACAAACAAGUUAAAUGAGUGCCUGGAUUUUAUAGACUCCAAGCAGCUUCAUCGCAGUGAUGUAGAUUCUCGUCAUUGGGGUGCCGAGUCUCCCAAUUCACAACCCAUUGACAAUGCUGUAAUAAAGGCCACAGGAGGCGGAGCAUUCAAAUUUGCAGAUCUCUUUAGAGAAAGGCUUGGUGUUAGUAUUGAAAAAGAAGAUGAAAUGGAUUGUCUUGUAGCUGGGGCAAACUUUUUGCUCAAGGCAAUUCGUCAUGAAGCUUUUACUCACAUUGAGGGUCAGAAAGAAUUUGUGCAAAUCGACCACAAUGAGUUGUUUCCUUAUCUCCUCGUUAAUAUCGGAUCUGGUGUAAGCAUGAUUAAGGUUGAUGGCGAUGGGAAAUUUCAACGAGUCAGUGGUACUAAUGUUGGUGGAGGUACAUACUGGGGCUUGGGAAGGCUGUUAACAAAGUGCAAAAGUUUUGAUGAGUUGCUAGAGCUAAGUCAAAGGGGAGACAACAGGACAAUUGACAUGCUUGUUGGAGACAUAUAUGGCGGUAUGGAUUACUCUAAGAUUGGUCUAUCUGCAUCCACGAUUGCUUCAAGUUUCGGUAAGGUUAUUUCUGAAAACAAGGAGCUCGAAGACUACAGACCCGAAGACAUAUCCUUGUCUCUCUUGCGAAUGAUAUCUUACAAUAUUGGGCAGAUAUCUUACUUGAAUGCACUAAGGUUCGGGUUAAAGCGAAUCUUUUUUGGUGGUUUCUUUAUUAGGGGCCAUGCUUAUACAAUGGACACAAUAUCUUUUGCAGUUCAUUUCUGGUCAAGAGGGGAGAUGCAAGCAAUGUUUCUGCGGCAUGAAGGAUUUCUGGGAGCAUUAGGUGCAUUUAUGAGCUAUGAAAAGCAUGGUCUUGAUGACUUAAUGGUCCAUCAGUUAGUGGAAAGGUUUCCAAUGGGUGCACCAUAUACAGGAGGAAAGAUUCAUGGCCCGCCACUGGCAGAUCUUAAUGAGAAGAUUUCAUGGAUGGAGAAGUUUGUGCUGAGGGGAACUGAGAUUACUGCACCUGUACCAAUGGCUAAACCUGGAACCACCGGACUUGGAGGCUUUGAAGUGCCUUCAUCAAAGGGAGGUACUCUGCGCUCUGAUGCAAGUGCUUUAAAUGUUGGUGUUCUUCAUCUUGUGCCAACUCUGGAGGUGUUUCCCUUGUUGGCUGAUGCAAAAACAUAUGAACCUAACACUAUUGACCUAUCAGAGACUGGUGAGCUAGAAUACUGGUUCACCGUGCUGCUGGAGCAUUUACCAGACCUUGUUGAUAAGGCAGUUGCAAGUGAAGGAGGAACUGAUGACGCCAACAGGAGGGGCGAUGCAUUUGCCCGUGCUUUUUCAGCUCAUUUGGCUCGGUUGAUGGAGGAGCCUGCUGCUUAUGGAAAGUUGGGAUUGGCCAAUCUUUUGGAAUUAAGGGAAGAAUGUUUAAGGGAGUUUCAAUUUGUCGAUGCUUAUAGAAGCAUAAAGCAAAGGGAAAAUGAGGCGUCGCUUGCUGUUUUGCCGGACUUGUUGAUGGAGCUUGAUAGUAUGAGUGAGGAAACACGGCUGCUUACUCUAAUUGAAGGUGUCCUAGCAGCAAAUAUAUUUGACUGGGGAUCUCGAGCCUGUGUGGAUCUCUAUCACAAGGGAACGAUUAUUGAAAUUUAUAGAAUGAGUCGGAAUAAGAUGCAAAGACCGUGGCGGGUGGAUGAUUUUGAUGAAUUUAAGGAGAGAAUGUUGGGAUCGGGGUCCCAGAAGCCUCGCCCGCACAAAAGAGCUUUACUCUUUGUGGACAAUUCAGGUGCUGAUAUCGUACUCGGUAUGCUUCCGCUGGCGAGAGAGCUCCUGCGACGUGGAACAGAAGUGGUUUUGGUUGCAAACUCACUCCCUGCUUUGAAUGAUGUAACUGCUAUGGAGCUUCCUGAGAUCGUUGCUGAGGCUGCCAAGCACUGUGAUAUUCUACGAAGAGCGGCUGAAGCCGGAGGCCUCCUUGUAGAUGCAAUGACCAACACAAUGGAUGGCUCCAAAGAAAAUUCUUCUUCAGUUCCUCUGAUGGCUGUCGAGAAUGGAUGUGGGAGUCCAUGCAUUGACUUGAGGCAGGUCAGCUCUGAGCUAGCUGCCGCUGCAAAGGGUGCUGAUUUGGUUAUCCUGGAAGGCAUGGGUAGAGCUCUCCACACCAACUUGAAUGCUCGGUUUAAAUGUGAUGCUCUUAAGCUUGCGAUGGUAAAGAAUCAAAGAUUGGCGGAAAAGCUGGUCAAAGGCAAGAUAUACGACUGCGUCUGCAAAUAUGAACCGGCCGGUUGAACUUGAAUUGCUUCCCUGUUUGCCCUCUUGAUAGAUCCUUUGAUGAGACCCUUCAGAGUGAUUCUGAGUAGCGAUGAUAAUAGGAUGAAAAGUGGUGGCUGGACUCUUGGAAGAUGACUGAACAUGUUCUCUUCUAGUGUUUAUUUUAAUACUGCCAUAACAGUUCAUCAUAUGGCAAGUGUUGUAGCAUGAGGUUUCACAUUCUGGAAUGAUUACUUCAGUGGGAUGGAAAAUCCCCAAUGCUCUUGUUAUACUAUACAAAUAAGUUCAGGCCU